UUGUGCUUGACGUUGGCGGAAGUGAGCGUCUGCACCGUGCUCUGCGGAAACAAACAGUUCAGCCGGAAUCAAAUAAAUAAAGGAUUAAUAUCGAGUCGCCUCCUGUGUAAUCCUGUAACCGUGUCCACAAUGUCCCGGCAGUCCAACCGAACAACUGACAGCAAGAAGAUGAACUCUGAGCUGUUCACACUGACUUACGGGGCCCUGGUCACUCAGCUUUGUAAAGACUACGAGAAUGACGAGGAAGUCAAUAAACAACUGGACAAGAUGGGCUAUAACAUCGGAGUGCGUCUCAUUGAGGACUUCCUGGCACGCUCCAGCAUCGGCAGGUGUCAGGAUUUCCGAGAAACGGCAGAUGUCAUUGCGAAGGUUGCAUUUAAGAUGUACCUGGGAACCACCCCCAGUGUGACCAACUGGAGCCCGGCAGGAGAUGAAUUCUCCCUCAUCUUAGAGAACAACCCAUUGGUCGACUUUGUGGAGCUGCCGGACAACCACAACACGCUGGUCUACUCCAACCUGCUGUGUGGGGUCCUCAGAGGAGCACUGGAGAUGGUCCAGAUGGCGGUGGACGUGAGGUUUGUCCAGGACACUCUGAGAGGGGACAACGUUACAGAAAUCCGCAUGAAGUUCAUCAAGAGGAUUGAAGAAAAUCUCCCAGCGGGAGAUGAGUAAUGGAACUGAAGGAGAAGUUAUCCAGGCAACAGCCUUCACUUACAGACUCAAGGGAUGAAUUAACCAAACUCAAAGCAUCUCAAUAGGACGUUUCCCUGCAAUUUUGAAUAUUACAUUAGAGUUGAAUGACUUCGUAUAAACACCACAGCCUGGAUCAUUCACAUUAAAAGUUUGAAAGGAACAAUGACUUGUGUUAUAAAAUUGAGUUAUAACUUCUGGCAUCUUUGUCCUCCGGUGUUUUUUCUUCUAUCAGUGUUAGGAGAAGAAAGGAGACAAUUUAGAUUCAUCCCAGACAAAUGAAAAACUGUACACUAUGUAAACACAACAUCAUAACACAACUCUGCUACCUUGAUUAUUUUAUGGGUGACAAAAAAAUGUAUUGAGUGACCUGUGGUUCCAUCUGGCAGUGUAAAGACAUGAAAAACACUUUGGACUAUUAAUUUGUCACCAUCCCACAUGGAAAGUCACUUUUUCUUCAUUUAUAAUUUCAUUUUAUUUCCUUUUUCCUAAAAAGAAUGAUGUGUCUUCUGUGACCAUGUUUAUUUUUUUCCAGUGCAAGGCUGGAAAGUCCUACAUUGUAAUGUUAUCAUGUUUUCGUCUUGUUUUGCUUUUUUUUCUUAUUAAGAUCACAUUCUAUAUUGCUGCCAAUUGUCUGGCAUGAUAAUUUAUGUAGAUUAAUUAUGUCAAAUAAAUGCAACAUAUUUGA